AUGGAAGAGCCGAAAAUUCUUACCAUUUCUCAAUCUCGUGAAGUCAAAGAAGGAGAAAAAGCGACGUUCAUCUGUGAGGUCCAAGGAUAUCCCAUGCCAACUGUGAACUGGUAUUUCAUCAGACCUGGCCGUCCCCAUGAUAGUCAGAUCCUUCCAGGUGAUGCUAAAGAGGUGAGCGUCAGUCUUCGUGGUGGUCCCCAAGUUACUCGACUCACAUCGCAUCUGCAGAUAACCGAGUUCAGCUUGAAGCAAGAGGGCGAAUAUCGUUGCACUGCAGAAAACGACCUCGGAAUGGCAACUAAGAGUCUUUCUGUGAUCAUGUCCACUUUGGAUGACGGACCAUUGUUCAAUGGAGGGAAACCC